GUUCUACCAACUCGCAAAACCCUAAUAUGCGCAUUUCGUGUCGCAUAUAAACAAGAAAGCUUACGAGAAGAAGAGGUUUGUUGCCGUCGAGGGAGAGACAGACAGUGUCGGAGAAGAUGCAGAUCUUCGUGAAAACCCUAACCGGGAAGACUAUCACCCUUGAGGUGGAGUCCAGCGACACCAUCGACAACGUCAAGGCCAAGAUCCAGGACAAGGAAGGUAUUCCACCGGACCAGCAGAGGCUCAUUUUUGCCGGGAAGCAGCUCGAGGAUGGCCGUACUCUCGCCGACUACAAUAUCCAGAAAGAAUCAACUUUGCAUUUGGUUCUGAGGCUCCGUGGUGGGAUUAUUGAGCCGUCUCUCAUGGCAUUGGCUAGGAAAUACAACCAAGAUAAGAUGAUAUGCCGCAAGUGUUAUGCACGCUUGCACCCUCGUGCUGUCAACUGCAGGAAAAAGAAGUGUGGACACAGCAACCAGUUGAGGCCAAAGAAGAAGGUCAAGUAGACUGUGGAUCGUGCCAGCAGUAUAUCGUGUUUUAUUAGGUCAUUUAGGUUAUUGGCUGUUUCUUUUGAAACUCUAUUAGCCUCAAACAGUUUUCUGUUAGAAAAUUUAGAAACAUCAGUAUGUUUGAACUUAACUUGUUUUGGGAUUUCUAGUUUCCUAUGUUUUAUUUCGCCAUGGUUUGAACCUCUUUGAAGAAUGGCAUUCAUUAAGUUUGAGCCUUUCCAUAUCGCAUACUUUUAUUUUUGUGUGUUAUUAUUGUAACAGGAAUGAUGAAAUUUGUACUUCCACAAUCCA